AUGGGGAUUAACAACACUUGGCGAAGGAUGAGGGUACAGUAUGAGGGUUAUCAACUUUAUGAGCGUGUACGUGACACACCCGAUACCUACACCAUCAAGACCUUUUACAUGAUUGGAUGCGAUGCCGUUGGACCUAUUAAUCCACCUAGCAAGAAUGGGAACCGGUAUUUGUUGGUAGCCGUUGACUAUUUAACACGAUGGCCUGUUGUGGCAGCGGUACCAAACAUCAGCGAGAAGACGGCGGCGUCCUUUUUGUUCAAUUGCGUUGUCAAGGAUUUUGGGGUGCCAACAUACAUAUUAACUGAUCGAGGUGCCAACUUCAAGUCCGAUUACGUGCAUAAUUUCAAGUGGACGGGUUGCAAGCCUUUGACUACGACUGCGUUUCGACCUCAAGUUAACGGAUUAUGUGAACGAAUGAAUCAGACUAUUGUUGAGGUGUGCUAUCAAAAGUGUGUCAGGAUCAAGCGAUGGAAAUCGAAGGACAAGCUCAUACCCGAUGUUAUUGCUCAACGUGCAGAUCGACAGCUACAAGCGUAUAUUGAGCGUAUACAACCUGGACAAUGA